AUGACAAUUGACCCAAUGACUGCUGUACAGCAGCUCCAGGACAUUGUGACGACGUUGGCCCCGACACUUCGUCCUCAAGUUCUUCCUAAAGGUGUCACGUAUGGCUUGGAUCUGAUCCUAUCGCUCUGCUCAACGGAGCAGCAGCGACGAACAUUAUUGGCUCUAGUGCGCAGCCAGAAGCCGCAUGGAAAUAAACUUUCCACGUCAAAAUAUAGCGAGGAGGACACGGAUGUGGAAGAAGAUAAAAAUGACUAUCCCAAGCCUCAAAUUAUUGGCAAGUUCGAUUUUCAAAAUCGACAGUUUGCGGUGCAGAAGGUACAGUGGAUGCACGAACGCGAAGCAGUGGUUCACGAGUUUGCACGCUUCAUAGAGCUGCAGUUGGAGAACCCAGCAGCAGCGCUUUUGAUGGUGCAACACUUUUUGGAAGUGAAUGGUCAUAAAUCAGAGGAGAUCACGCUCGCUCAGCAAUGUUUUAGUGCUGCCUUCGCACUGCAGACGUUGCUUCGUGCUUUCCCAGAAUUUCCUAUCGCUAUUGAUGGUGUUGUUAUCAAUAUGGAUGAAAACUCGGACGUUGCUAAAAUAUUUGCGCCGCUUUUUGAUCGUAAGUCCAAGAAGAACAAGGGAAAGUCUGCACAGAAGCAUUUGGCUGCCAAAAAGGUUAAGCAACAGCAAUCUAAGAAGAGAAAGAGUACUUAG